AUGGAUUCCCAACCGAAGGACCUGAGUCUCCCUAGUGUGUGGAUCUGGCUGUACUUUGGACUCCUGGGGCUGUGUUCAGUGCUAAUUGGUGGCUGCAUUCUCUUUCUGCACUGGAGGAAGAACCUGCGGCGGGAAGAGCGAGCCCAGGAGUGGGUAAAGGUGAUGAGAGCCACUACAUUCACCUACAGCCCACUGUUGUACUGGAUUAACAAGCGAAGGCACUAUGGCAUGAACACAGCCAUCAACAUGGGCCCUUCCCCUACUGUCUCCAAGACUGAGACUGAGGUCCAGACUUCAGAUUCUCUGUGCGAGUUGGAUAGCACUGAGAGUAGGAGCUAUGCUGCUCAACAAAGCAGCCCCAAGGUGGAGGCCCCUGUCCCUCCGCAACCUGCAUUGCAGCUGGUCCCACAGCCUCCCCUAGCUUCCCCAAUGCCUCGGCCCCAGAACAGCUCCCCACUCCCGAUUCCCAUCUUUCAGGAGGUGCCCUCUGCCCUCUCCCUGUGUAACCUACCUCCAAUGCUGAACCACUCCGUCUCCUAUCCUUUGGCCAUUUGUCCUGAAAGGAGCCUCCACUCCCCCUCCCUCCCCACACUGGCCCAUGGGGACCACUGCUUCAAUGCCAAGCCUUUUGCUUCAGAAUAG